AUGGAUUACUUCUUAUACACCACUUGUACUUACAUUAAGCUACAGUUCAAUAUACUGAAGACGAAAUUUGAACUGUUGUUCACGCCUUCGAACAGCAUAUCUCAAAAUACAGAUGAUGUAAUUACUCCAGCAGAAUUUCCAGCCAAGUUUAAAGAAUUGGUUACGUGGCAUCAGAAAUUAAUUAAGGCAGUUGAUAUGUUGGAAUAUAUUUUUACCAAAGCAACAUUGUACAAUAUUUCCGCGAGUUCUUUAAUGAUAUGUUUGACGUUGUUUAACGCUACGAUUAUCAAAGACACUGCUUUAGUGUUGUCAUUUUUUGUUUUCCUAUGUGUGACAUAUCUUCAAAUAUACUUUUUAUGCUACUUUGGUAACAUCAUUUCGGACUCGAGCGUAGGAAUAGCUGAUGGCGUAUACAACAGUAAAUGGUAUAUGAUGGAUGCUGCGAUUGGAAGACAUCUGAUACUGGUGAUGAUGAGGUCUCAAAAGCCGUGCAAAUUAACUGCAUUCGGUUUCACCGACAUCGACCUGAAUGUGUUCAUGAGAAUACUAAGUAACGCUUGGUCCUACUUCGCUCUAUUAAAAACAUUCUAUCCUUAA